AUGACAGAUGCCCCACUGGGCCUCGGGGCCCUUGAACCCAGGGAUAUAACCCUCCGACGUGGCCGAGGACAGGAAAUGCAUGGGACCAGGAACUCGAGGUUGGUACUGGCGGCACCAUUUCGCGCGGCACCGGCAGCAUUGGGGGCGGCAGGAGCAGCAGUGGCGUCGACCCCACACGGCAGUGCUGACGUGGCAACAUGCCAGAACCGGCUACCGAAGCCACCUCCGCCCAACGGCAACGCCUAUGUUUCGUAUGGUGGGGACGUUCCGUCAGGACGGACCCACGGGCCCCUUGAGCAGCGCGAGGCUGAGGGCAGUAACGGCUGCAACGGCAAAAGCUACGGCGUCCUUAGAGAGCAGCGUGCUCCGACCCGGAGCGGGUCAGUGUGGCAGUCGCGUAAGCUGCUUGGCGCGUUACGCGCCGCACGCCUGGCUUCGGACGUUGCGCGCCUAGUAGAUCUGCAUGGCGAUGAUUUCGGAGCCGAGCACGUGGCGGCGGCCCUGGACGCGCUCGUCCACGUGGUUUCGGUACAUGGGACGCAAGUGAGGCUGGACACGGUAUCGACAUCCACUGCAACAGGCGUACCAACGUCCUAUAAGGAGGUGCAGUCGGUGCGCCGCCGUCAGCCCGGCGGCGCAGCAGUGGCCUUCCCAUCUGGGUCGGAGCCUCGGCCCGAAUCCCAGUUGGAAACGACGCAGCCACCAGCUCUGGCCAGCGCCGAGGCCCAAUCCGUGGCCCGUCAAUUAUUGGAAAUCUCCAUUCGCCUGCUCGCCCAGCCGCGUCGCUGGGGAAUCUCCUGCCUGCUAGCGCUCCUGGUCCAGCCGCGGCGACUGGGUUUGGAUCCGGAGCCGAGUUGGGUGCUCCCCGUCCUGAAGCAGCUCAUCGCCGCGGCGCCUUCCUUAUUUCCGAAUCAGCUGGUGCUGCUGCUCGAGACGCUGGCAGCGCGAGACAUGUGGGAGUUCGCUCCCGCCAGUGGGACGGUGGGUCGUCGACUGGCGCUGCGGCUGGGGCAACAGCUCGAGGCGGCACUGCCGCAUCUGCAGGUGCAUCUGGCGGCGCGGGCAUUGGGCGCGACGGCGCGACUAGCGCCGCGCGGCUUUGGACCCUUCCUCGAGAAGGAGGCCCAACGCGACGCUGGCGGCUACGCGGUGCAGUGGGCGGUACGGCGGGCGCGGGAGGCAGCGACAGCUCGGACGGAUGCGGGUAUGGCGGGACCGCAUCGGUCAUACGACGGUCACGGUCACGACCGAGGCAAUGGCGACCCUGCCGUCAUCGCGUGGGCAGGCCGGUAUAUGGACCGCGCAUUCGCUGAAGCGUACAUGUCGUACAUUCGUACGGCGCUGUCGCGUGGCGCCGUCAGCGGAGUGGACGCGGCGCGGUUUCUGGAGGCCAUAGCUCGGUUUGCGGAGUGGCCCGGGGUGGCGGCGUUACGCAACUUGGACCAGAGGGCCGCUGCUAGGAGAGGAGCUCCGGAACACGACGCGGUGGGGCUCCGAGACCAGGCAACGGCGAAGCGAGCUCAGCCCGUGGCCAACGGCGGGCCAGCGACGCCAGGGAGCGUCCUCGACGGCGACGCCACCUCCGCUGCGGCCGCCUUCGCCGGUGAUUACCUGCACGGAGACUCCUUACCCCCGUCGCCUUCAACACCAGUCGGGUUGGACAUGGCAGCUCACAGAAGGCCCGAAUAUGACCUUGUUCGACCGGUACGGCGUGCCGUGCUGCUGCCGCGGGAGUCGCCACCGCCGCCCCUGCCGGCGCCGCCGCCGGCGGCACGUGCCCCUGGCCCGGGGCUAGCAGGCUUCAGCAAUGGCUUACCUACCAGCGCUUUUUCCCCGCCACAGUCGUCAUCGUCGGCGACGACCGCGACGGCCGCUUCUCCCAGUGACCGCGCCGGGAAGCCCCGGGCGUGGCCAACCCACGCCGCAAACUCGACGCGUCCACCACCACCGACGCCAACACCACCACCACCCUCAGUCGCCGACCCACACACCGACACCCUUCUAGACCUCAUCACGCUUCUGCCAGCGCCGUCAGCUAGCCGCGACCUCACGGCGCCGCAUGCCGCUGCCGCCGUUACCGUACAGUACGACAGCAUACCGGAUUCGGAUUUGGAGCUGUGCUGCUCUGCGUUCUGGGCGCUGGUGCGCAUGGGUGUAAGGCCCAGCCCCCCUUGGCCAGGAACUCUGGCACGCGUCUGGUGGGCGUUAUGUGUCGUACGCUGGGUACCGGCGCCGGCUUGGCGCGUCGAAGUAAUGGGUGUGAUUCGCGGGGCGGCAUCUGCACUGACGCCUGACCAGGUGUGCAUGGUCCUGGGCGGCUUCGGCAUGUGGCGCCAGUCCCCCGGGAGGUCCUGGCUGGAUGGGCUGCUGGCCCAGGCGCAGCCCAAGCUGCCAGCCUUCCAUGCCACCUCCUGCACUGCGCUCGCUUUCGCCUGCGCUCGUGUGGGCCACCGCCCGCGCGCAUCGUUCUUGAUGCCGUACCUGCAGCAAUGCUCGUCUCAGCUGCCGUACAUGGACGGCCGCAAUUUGGUCAACCUGCUAUGGGCUCUACACCGACUAGAGCUUCAUCACGCGCUAACCGCCGAGUGGCGAGCUCGCUUCCUAACCUCCUGUCGGGGGCUUAUGCGGCUAACGGACUCGCUACAGCCCCCGCCGCGGGCCCAGCAGCAGCUGCUGCAGCUGCAGCUUCGGCCGCGCCUGCCGCUCCAGUCGUUAGGUGUUGGAGGAACUCCAAUCGUUGCGAACGGUGGUGCCACCGCUGCGCUGCGCGGGUGGCACGGCAGCGUCCGCGGCGGCGGCGGCACCGUCGCCGCUGCCGCAGCGGCGCGAUACGAGUUGCGGGCGGGUUUGGUAGCGGCCGGGGCGCGUCCGCCAGCGGCGCAUGCUCCCUUCACGCCGUCGCAGCUGUCGUUGCUGUUGCUGCUCGUGGCUAAGUGCGAGCUGGCGCCGGGGCCUGUCUGGCGGGGUGAAUACUGGCGGGCAUGUGAAACGGCGUUGCCGUACAUGCCGCCAAUGGCGUUGGCGAUGGUGCUGAACGGCGUGUGGCGGCUCCGCGUCUCUCCACCGCUGCCGUGGAUGAGGGCUUUCUUCGCUGCGAGCGGGGCGGCCAUGAGUGCAACCCCGCCGGUGCUGCUGGCUCAGUAUGCCAAGUUGCUGCUGCUUACUCCGAUGCGGCCGCCUGGAUCCUGGGUGGCCCUCUUCCGCAGCCACAUGGACGCGAACGUGGCGGCCAUGCCACGACGCCAGUUGGACUUGUGCAUGCGCAUGAUCAGGGCGGUAUCGUGGCGCCGCCGCAGGACCGCGCCGCCAGGCUGGCUGCUGCGCUGCGCGCGCACCAAAGAGGAGGCGGCGGACCGAUGGCGGCGGACGCAGGCUUGGCGGGCACGGCGGCAAGGGCCGGGGUGGCGGCGGGGGGUGCUGGUGCAGUAUUGCCCUGGUAGCCUUCAGCCGCAUCGGAACUACGAGGCCACCAGAACCCAGCGAUAA